GGUACCGAACCGGUACCGCUUGCAAUUCAAGGAAAGCUGAAAAGAAGAACAAUUUCUGGCUCAGAGGCAGGAGGACCAUCCGUUUAAAGAAGCAGUGUGAAUCAUUGUUUACGAAGAUAAUGACAUGUGGAGAUACAUCAAUGAACAUCAAAUGAAUGGAAUCCCUGGAUGGAACUCUUGGACUCACUGCCCAAUGUAGAACAUCAAGACAAAUUCAUCUUCACAAUGUCUAGUUAGGACCAAGAAAAAUAUGUGUGAAUGAACUGAGAAAUAUUGCUUGUUAUUUACAAUGAGACUUUUGGGCCUCUCUCUGGCUUGAUGGUCUGUAGCCCUGUUGCUUGCACCCUGGCAUUGUUAUGUUCAUGAUAGAAAUGGAAAUUGCAUUGAAUAAGAUUUAUGGAUAAAAGGUGAUUGGAGUCAUGUGAAUAGUUUUGUAUAAUGCAAAUUGCCAUGGGUGAUUAGAAUGGUAAUCAUUGAUAUGAAAUCAAUCAGUUGGAAUACCACAGCCGCAGUUGUUGGUUUGCUUGGCUGCUCACAAAGACGAGAAAUAAUAAUCAUAGAGAGCUGCUUUCAUUUCCUCAGCUGAACUUGCUCUAUUUACAACAGGAAUGUCAUUGAGGAUUAUGUUGAACUAUGCAAGGAGAGGAAAGCUUAUUCACUGUUUAUCAGCCAGCAACGUCUUCCGGCAUCAAAUCUCCAAAUAUCUUACUGAGUAAUUAUCGAAACAGAAAUGGAGAAAGAUCCUAGAUGUGUCAUAAAUGACAGCACUGGGUCCCGUAAAGCCAGUGAAAGUAGAGGCAAUGGUGUCACGGAAUAUGGUGGAGGAAAUACAGGAAAGGAUCCUGGAGCUCUAACCUCACCUACCUCGCCCAUGUCUGAUGGAGUAAGGACAGGAAAUGGAAGGAUGAACAGAAUGCAAGCAGUACGCACUGAGACUAUUGAGGAGACAGUGUGCGUCUAUGAGAUCUCAAAUCCAGGAAAAGACAAUAAUGCAUUAGAGACGAGAAGAAAAUCUGAAACACUUUGUGCGGAGGUUUUGGCGAAUGGUGCAUUAUCAAGGAGACGAUCAUCCAGUCCAAAUACUGUUAGUGAUAUGCUGCAAGGCAGGAAUAGAAGUGGUAUCCCAUCACACACAUCACAUGGUAUUAAUUGGGAUACUGCAUUGCAUCAAAAUGAGAAUAGUGGUUCUAAAGGCCAUUCUGGCCAUGCUCAGCAAGCGGAAGAAGUUAAUUUACCUGUAACAUUUUGGAAGUCAGAUUCACUUAUAUCAAGUCCAGCAGAGUUAACAACAACAGUAUUAACUAUGCAAGGUGGUCAUGCGAAGAGUGGCAAAGAUAAUGGGAAUAAUUCUUUGGUAGCAGGUAAGAGCAGACACUCAACCCCUAUGGAUGGACACUAUCAUAUCAAAUACAACCCUGCUUAUAAAGAAGAUGCUAGAACAAUUAUUGAUGUUGAUCCAUCAUCUCUAGGUAAUUAUAAACAGAAUGGCCCUACGUGUGAUCUUCUGAGAGGAGAUCGAUUGGAGCCUCCUACAUCCUUAUUUCUGAAAGAGAAACUCUCUGUAAUAGGCGUGCAGGAUAACACUCCUAGUGAUAUAGAAUUCUAUGAUUGUCAUUCACAACUUGGUGAACAAAGAGAAACUCCAGAUCAAGAACUCUUUACUCCAGAAACUGACAGCAACUUGUUAAAACAAAGUGUGGACAAUAAUUACAGAAGCGACUUGUUAAAUUCUUCUGAAAGAUGGCAUACUGGAACAGAAACUUCUGUUGUACACAAUUCAGAAGAAGGUGAUUUGAGUUUCAUCAAGAAAAAUGGGCACACAAGACAGAUGGAUGGAGCUGAAUUUCCAUCUCCACCCAAUCCAGUUCGCAUCCCAAGGUUUCAGGAAGACCCAGAAAAUUGUAAGGAUCCAGAGCACAUGAAGAAUUCAAGAAAUGGGAGUCCCGGUGCCAUGGAAAGAUUCACGCACUUUCUUUCUUUUGGCGAGAAGGAUCCGCCACAGGAAAUCAAAGAGGCUCCAUCUAGCUUCCCUGUGUCUUUCCCUUCUCUUCCAGACCUUUCAGCGUCCAACAAAGCUCUCAAAUCCUUCAACUUUUCCCACGAGAACUCCUACCCAUCACCUGAGAAGGGACGUCCAGCAAUGACACCUAGUGAACGUGGAGAGAAGAGCUGGUGGAAGGAUCCAACAUAUGGUUUCCCCUCUCCUGAGAUAUCUCUCAAGAGACCUCAGACACUCUUCAGGUUUAGUACCUCCCCUUAUGAUAAAAAUACAGAGACCCGCAAGACUCGUAGGCGAUCUACUGAGGUCCUUGUUGAGGGGUUAUCCAGUCCAUUGUCUGCCAGUGAAAGACUGCUCAGGUCACCAAGAACUCCAAGGAAACCAAUGACUCCCAAGGAACCCUCAGCUUACAUUGCAGCCAGAGAGAAACAGGCGAAGCUGGAUUUUAGGAUUAACUUCAAGGACCAGGCAAACUUUACAGGUCGACGCCUUCUAGACUGGCUCUGUUCCUCUACCUCCCUGUCGUGCUCAUCACCUUCAUAUCAGGAGGAUGGGAGUGUGACAAGUCCAUCUUCUAUCUCUGAAAACCAGUCUACUGCUCAUCUCCUAUGUACCAAUCUCCUUGAUAUUGGUAUCCUACAACCCCUUGAGAGUACAUCAGGGACUGACAUGUUUAAGUUGGACUCAAUGUACUGUUGGAGACAUGAGAACCAACUCUCCUCGUCAUCAUCCCUUUCCAGUGGUUCUGUAGUUGCAUCCCCUGGCAAACUCACUCCUGUAUGGCCCCCUCCAAAGUCACCAGAGGAUGAAGACAAAAAUGGUGGAAAAUACACAGAAGCUGAGCAUCAGCAGUUGAUCAUGGGUCUUAAACGAGAGCACAAGGAUGUUUUGGAGCGCUUGAAAAAUGAGCAUGAAAUGUCAAUCUUUGAUGUAAGAGGACAACAUGCAGCCCUAGUCUGUAUGCUAGAAGAUCAGUUAAGUGAUUUGAGAAAGAGAGUUCAGGAACUAGAAGCUGAGCAAUACAAAUACAUUAACAAACAAUGUGUGGAUGUUGCAGUUGAGACGGAUAAGAUAGAGAUCAAUCGGGAAGCCUUGCAGAGGCAUAUUGAUAAGUUUGAGGAAUUCCAACAGGAGCAGGGAACGCAGGAGCACUCUCACAAAGCACAGAAGCCGUCAAAACAUAAAGGACAGACAGGGUCGAACACUUUAUCUCCUAAUGAACUGCAUCCAUCAGCUGUGGCAGAUAUACCUCAUGGUGCUGUGGUCUCACAGCCUCCUCCUCCUCCACCACCUCCACUACCAGGGGCAAUGACAACCCCUCCACCACCACCACCACCACCUCUUGCCCUAUCAGCGCAUACUGGUAUGCCCCCUCCCCCAGCACCUCCACCAUUACCAGGUGCCUUAGGAAAUUCUUCACAACCACCUGCACCACCACCACCACCCUUUGGUGUUCCUGGAAAGGCCAUGCUUAUAACACAGAAAGUACCAACCAAGCCUGUAAUAGAACCGUCAGUGCCAAUGAAACCACUCUACUGGAAUAGAAUUCAGCUCCACAAACUUGCCAGCCAACGAGGGAACAAAAUGAAAGAAGCUGUUUGGAUGGAUAUGAAGGAACCAGAUGUCACUCCAGAAGAACUUGAAGUACUCUUCAGCAAGAAACUAAUGAAGAAAAAGAAACCACUGUCUGAUAAUUACAGCAAGCCUAAAGUCAAACAGGUUGCAAAGUUGUUGGACAGCAAACGUUCUCAAGCUGUAGGUAUAUUCAUGUCCAGUCUACAUGUUGAGAUGAGUGACAUCAGACAUGCUGUUCUUAAUGUGGAUAUGUCCAUCAUUGAUCUGGAGAAUCUUCAGUCUCUCUAUGAAAUGAGACCUCAAUCAGAUGAGAUUAAGAUGAUUAAAGAACACACAAAGAAAGAUGGAUCCAAACCACUUGACAAGCCUGAACAGUUUCUGCUGGAGCUUUCUGAGAUCCCAGACUUUGCAAAUCGAGUCUUUUGUAUCACAUUCCAGUCAACAUUUGAAGAGAAUCUAAUGGCUGUAAAAUCAAGAUUAACAAUUAUCUUGGAUAUAUGUGAGCAUUUAAGAAAUGGGUCAGGUGUGAAACAGUUUCUUGCAUUGGUGCUAGCAGUUGGGAACUUCAUGAAUGGAGGCAACAGAACAAGAGGACAAGCAGAUGGAUUUGGACUUGAGAUCCUACCAAAGCUGAAAGAUGUCAAAAGUGCAGACAAUGAUGCAAAUCUACUGGAGUAUAUUGUUGCAUGCUAUGUUCACAAAAUCGAUGGAGAUUCAGGAAGUGAUCAUACAAUCUUGCCAUUGCCUGAACCAAGUAAGGUAACCCAGGCUGGACUUAUCAAGUUUGAGGAUCUGGACAAGGACCUUAGAAAAAUUCAAAAGGAUCUCAAAGGUUGUGAAACCAAAGCGGAGUCGGUUCGAAAGAAUUCAAGUGAGGAACACCGGCAGCCGUUCAGUGACAACAUGGCUUCCUUCAUGAGUGGAGCUUUGGAAGAUAUCAGCAAAGAGAGCAGAAGAUUAUCUGAUACAAAGAAGAAGUUCCAUGAAUUAACAGAGUGGUUCUGUGUGAAACCCAAACAAAGUGACAAUGAAGUAACCCCAGCCUAUUUCUUCAGUCUAUGGAUCCCUCUAUGUAGAGACUUCAAGGAUCUAUGGAAGAAGGAACAAAAGGUGGCUGCGAAGAAAAAGUUACUUGAAAGUCAGGAGUUUGUACGUCAGAAACAGGAAGAAUGGAGGAAAGCUGCUCCAAUAAGAACAGGGAUGAAAAAGGCCGGUGGACUGAAAGCAAGAUUGAGCAAAUCAGCUUCAGUAAAAUUAUAGGCGAGGGUUACAUUCUCAUCCUUUGAUGGAUUCAGGAGACAGGAUUGAACUUCUGUACCUAACUCAGGGAAUGACAUAUGGAUUUAAAUAAGUUAUCAUAUUUUUAUGGAUUCCCAAUCAGACCAGCUGAAGAUGGUUAUGUAAUGAACUUGAGAGUUUUUAUGGCUUCUGAGUGGCUUGAAAGUAUUCUUAAUGAACUUUAUUUAAAUUCACUGGCUGAAUUAUUGUUACCAUUAGGCUGUAUAAUGAAUGGAAGUUUAUAGAAUACAUUUGUAUUGUUUGUCAGUAAGUUUGUUAGUGUUGAUUCUUUGCACAUAUAAUAAAAGGCAAUGUUUUCUUAUAUAUACCAUUUGUACAGUAUAUAUGGAUUCAUGUUGUCCAUGUUUCAAUGAAAAGGGAAAAAAAGGAUUCCAAUGGAUUUUACAGGGUUAUAGUACGGAGACCUUCCAUCACAAAAGUUGUCAUCGUUCCAAUCAAACUGAAAUAUGAUAGUCAGCAUUGGCAGCAUUAAGCAUGUCUCCAUUCUUUCAAAAUGUUUUCUCUGUGACAUUUUUUUUUCCAAUCAGCUUGCUACUUUCUAUGACAAUUUGAUAAUGCAGUUGGUUCCAAAAGAAGAUUUCAACAAAGAAUACAAAAUUAUUUGCUUGCCAUAGUCGAGAUUGGUUGGAUUUCUUGCAACUUCUGUGAAAUGAGAGUCACAUUUUCAUAAUACUGAUACUUACAUUUUGGAGAGAUGUUGCAUUAAGUAAUAGAAACGAUUGACGUAAGACACAAAGCAGAAUGUUCAACUAAACAAGAGUGUGAAAAUAAGAACAAAAAGUAUUCAUGAAUCUCUUAAAAGUUUGGAACCUGUUUCUUGUAUCACCAAUACAUUCCCAUAAUGUUUUAUUUUUUUCCUAAGAGGUUAGCUGAUUUGAGCCAUUAAUUUAUAUAUUCCUACUGCAGUACUUCAUCGUAACAAAAAGAAUGUAAAAAUUUCAUUUAUGACAUUUUCAAAAUGAAUUUGGAAAGCCUAUAUUAUAAUUCAAAGACUUCCAGAAUAAUUUCUCAUUUUGUGUUUUGUUGUACCUUAAAGUAAAUGGCAUCAAAAGAUCUCACCUACUGAUCAUGUGAUCAAUUCCAAAACUGGAUGAGAUUUUGAAGGUUAUUUAACCCAUUGCCUACUGGAAUCACAGUUUCCUACUACCAAAACUUUGGAAAUCCCAGAGUACAGUAUUUAAUGGGUUCAAAUGCCCUUUUUGUACUUGUGCUUGGACGCAUUCUUUUUUUUCAAUAAACAAUGCUGAAAAUGCAAAAUUUGGUAAAGUCAUGUAUUUUUUUAUUUAUCUGUUUAUUAGAUAUCUUCUGCAUAUCUCUCUUUGUUUUAUUCAGGAGGUUUUGCCCACUUCUAAGUGACACGUCUUAUUUUAAUAUUAAAAGUCUGAAAUUGAUUAGUUUUCAGCAAGUAAAAAUCAGGAUUUUUAUCCCAAUUUUUAAAAUAAAAAACAUCCAUAUGAAAAUUUAAGCAAAGUAGUAUUUCUGAGUAGUUUGUAGGAAACUGGCACACAAGAUAAGAUUAAGGUGCCCACAUUUAAUUCUUAAACUUUGUCGAAGAUUUCAUCAGAAAAUUUAAGAAAAUUGUUUAGUUAUAGGUUUACAUAUCAUACAUGACUAUUGAAUUGAACAUUCAUUCAAUUGAGAACAUGUAACACUACCAGAAUAUUGUGGUUGCAUUGUAUUCAUAGCAAUAAAAAUAUACAGUAUUGUAGACCUAUUCGAUUUUAUUAAGACAUCAGAGGUAAAAUUGUCGAAAUAGUUCCAAAACACAAUUCGUAUGCCCAAAUUCACAGUAGAUGGUUAGACCAUGGAGAUAUUUAACCCAUAGCGAGGCUUGUUAACACACUAAACUUACGCCAAAGUGAGCACACAUUUACCAUAUUCACACUUUAAGAACAAUCGAUCUAAUUCAGCGUAUGUGUUUGUGUGCACACUUAAAAAACCCAGUCAGAUGCUUUAACAUCCACUGUGAACUUGGGCCAUAAUAUACUUUUGCAUUGAGUUUUGUAUAUUGUCAUCUUAUUAUUGCGAACAACUUUUUUCUAUUUUGUAUUUGUGACACAUUUGAUAUGGAAGCCUCUUGAUAUCCUUUCUCUCAUUCCUUUCGCCUUAGUGUGAUUUCUUUGGUUUCUUCAUGUAUUUGUGUUUUCUUGUGAUCCUUUUGUUAUUUUCAUAAUGUCAUGUUCCAUUGAUUAUGCACCACAUUGGCUUCCAUUGUUACUAAAAUCAACUGAUUGUUUUGUGUGUGAUGUAUAGCUGAACAAAUAAAUCUUUAACAAUCUAUGCAGAUAAUAUUGGCAGACAAUUCGGCAGAUAAACACUCGUGGUUAAUGACUGAAGCAAUGAACUGUAUAAAUUAUGU